UCCCAACAAGUUUACCAGCUGCUAGGAUUUCUGGGAGUUGAAGGCCAAAAACAUCUGGGGACCCCAGGUUGAGAACAACUGCUUUACACCCUGCUUAUUGGAAUAAAUGUGUUUCUAAAUUCAUAAACAGCAGGGGUGAAAUCGAUUUCUAGUUUUUCUUCUACCAAUCUGAGACUAGAGAUUCUUAAAAUCAUGUAAAAUUUCCAGGUUCUACAAAAUUUGUCCAGGUUUGUCUCAAUUAUAACAUAAGCAAGUCUAUGGAAGGGGAGAGGGUUUGCAAAGUCAGGAAUAGCAAGAAAGGAGCAGUGGCUGGAUAGAAACCACUGUACUAUGAAAAGUUGAACAUACACAGUUUGUUCCAGUCAUAAUUAUUAAAGUCAAAAUAAAAUCAAAAGGAAAUCAAAACAACAUAGGUAUAUAUUAAGAUGAAUGAAAAGUCAUGCAUUUCUGCAAGGUGUAAUUAUGUCUCCUCUACCAAUAUUGUAUGCUAAUAAUGUUUUGUGAUACUCCCCUGUGAAGUUUUCAAUAAGGUCAAAACUUGAUGAUUCAGGUGCUUUGCUACUGAGGGUAGCUUUGAAAGAAAAUUAUGAACAGUCUCAAAUACCUUCUCUCUGUAACUGAGCUUCCUGGAGGCAAUUUUGCCUCAAAGACGACUUUUGGUGUUGGAGCCAGACAGAUGAGCCAUCCCUACGGACUAAAGAAUAGCCUUAGAUUCAUAAUCAGACUGCAGAAAGUAUAAAAAUACAGACCUGUGUAGAUGCCAUAAUCAGUAUUCUGUUAUUCCUAUCAUGCUAUCGGUGUGUCUUUGGCUUUUUCUUGCUGGUUGGUCUUGUUUCUGAUGUUCUUUUACUCUGUGUUUGAGCUCUAAACAUACCUAUACAAUGAUGUACAUCAACGGAAGCCACAGCAAUGGUGCCACCAGUUACAAUGUCUUAGGAGCCAGUUCUGGAGCUUCUAGAAGAUGUGUCUUUCCUGAUGUGGGUGGUAGCAACUGUGGAGGUUCUCCAAGCUACUGUGGUGGAACAGCUUAUGAAGGAAAUCAGGACAUGGAAAGAGGCAUCUAUGGUGGCUUGGAUGGAGGUCCUUUAGGCAAUGGUUAUAUAUGUACUCCUUCUAGUGGGUUUGGCUUUAGCAACAUCUGCUUUAAACAUCUUGGUGGUGGGUAUGGCAUUUGGAUUCAGGCACCUUUGUGCUCCUGUGAUAAGAAAAUGACCAUGCAGAAUCUCAAUGACCGCUUAGCAUCUUACCUGGACAAUGUGCGUUAUUUGGAGGAGGAAAAUGCUCAGCUCGAGUGCAAAAUUAGGGAUUGGUACGAUCAGCAAGGCUCACCCAAUGACCCAAAGGAUUAUAACUAUUACUACGAACAAACUGAAGACCUCAAAAAACAGCUUAUUUGUGCCACAGUGGACUGCAGGAAACUUAUCCUGGACAUUCAUAACAACAAGUUGACUGCAGAUGACUUCAGAAUGAGGUAUGAGGCUGAACGGGUCUUUCGCCAGGAUAAGGAAACUGACAUUGAUAGCUUACGUCAAGUCCUGGAUCAGCUGACCCUUGGGAGAUCUGAUCUUGAGGCACAACUUGAAUCUUUCCAGGAAGAGCUAUGUUGCCUUAAAAAGAACCAUGAAGAGAAAGUAAAGCUUCUGACGAAACAGGCACAGGGGAAUCUUAAUGUUGAAGUAAAUUCUAACCCAAGCUCAGAACUGCAGAAGGCCUUGGAUAAUCUGAGAAGGCGAUAUGAAGCCAUUAUUGAGAAGAAUGUCAAAGAAAUUGAGACGUGGUAUGAAAGUAUGACAGAGGCCAUUAACAUGAGCAAAGAGCUUAAAGAUGACAACAAUCAAGUUGUUGACUUGAAAGGCCAGCUGCAAACUUUGGAAAGCAAUCUGCAGACUCAGCUUAGCCUGAGGGACACAUUGCAAGAUUCUUUGGCAGAGACCCAAUGCCUUUAUAACAACAGUUUGGCUGAAAUACAGAACCAGAUCUGUUAUAUGGAGCAACAACUGGUAGAGCUGAGGGUGAAGACAGAGUGCCUGGAUCAAGAAUACAUAAGACUUUCGGAUGCCAAAUGUCUUCUGGAACAUGAGAUAGAAACAUACUGUUGUCUGUUAGGAGAAGAACAGCAUGAUCCAGAGAUUAGAACCAGUAGACAUGGAAGGAAAUUUGCAUCUUUCAUAUGUAGAGCUAUGACAACUCUGUCCUCAGUGCUGUCUGACCUGAAAUCUAGAAGCAUGAGCCUUCCCUCUAGCUUCUGAACUCUCUUGAUGCCAGCUAUUUGCCACUGGGUGGCUCCCAGGCUCACCAUCUUAUUCCCUUCGUCUACAAAGUGAAUGCUAUUACUCUUGCCACACGUGUUACUUUCUGCUGAAAAGAAGCUUUUAAUAAAACUAUGUCUCUGACUGAUGCAAAC